CCUCAUUGCAUAUAUAUAUAUAUAAUUAGACGCACAUAUUCACUUCAUAAAAGACACGUACAACAUAUAUAUUGACGACCUUUGUUCAAGAGCUCCGAUCCCCAUGGCUAGAAUUCUUCCUGCCUUCAUUGUCUUCUUCCUUCUCCAUUCCUUCUCUGCAACUUUGGUCUCUGGCGCCGGAGAAGAGAAAGGCUUUAGAGCACCCUUAGACCGGAAGCUACACAAGGUCAAGAAAGAACAGCUCAGCAACUUCAACUUCUUUUUUCAUGACAUCCUGAGUGGCCGGAAUCCCACUGCCGUCCCAAUUGUGCCGCCACCCACCAACACAUCAAAGACGGGGUUUGGUUCUAUAGUCAUGAUUGAUGACCCAUUGACCUUGGGACCCGAACUAAGCUCAAAAACGAUAGGAAAGGCACAGGGGUUUUAUGGUUCUGCUUCACAAGAGGAAUUUGCAUUGCUGAUGGUUAUGAACUUUGCCUUCACUGAAGGAAAAUAUAAUGGUAGCACGCUUUCCAUUUUUGGAAGGAACCCGGGCGCCACCAGCAAGGUUAGGGAGUUUCCUGUGAUCGGAGGCAGCGGGCUUUUCAGGUUUGCCCGGGGUUAUGCUCUGGCCACCACUCAUGAACUGAAUCUGACGACAGGGGAUGCCAUAAUCGAGUACAAUCUCUACGUGCUCCAUUAUUGAUGUUCUUGACCUUUUUCUUGGUCAUGAUCGAUCGAGGUUCCUUUUUCAUGUUCUUUCGCAAAUUUUUUGUCUUUCAAUAAUCUUCUCGAUCUCCUUUUAUUUGGAAUAUGUCGUCAUAGUUUUCAAUUAAGUCCAUUAAUGGUUAGUUUGUGUUUGUUUGUAUUACUUUCACAAUUUAUAUUGUAAAAUUAAGUAGACAUUUCAAAGUUUCGGACAUUCUUGGUUUGCGAUA